AUGAUUGCUCUCAACCUCGACAACAGUUCUGUUAUCAGCGCACACAAUUCGACUGAAAGACAUCAAGCUUCGACGGAGCGCAUCGUGCGUAUCGUGUUCGUGUGGAUCAUCAUUGUAGUGGGGCUUGUUGGUAACUCUUUCAUCGUUGCUGUACUCAAAAGUUUCCCACGGAUGCGAACGACCAUCAACUAUCUUCUUGUCAAUGUAGCCGCCGCAGAUAUAACAACCCUGUUAUUUACGGCAAUGCACCUUAUUCCAAUCCAGGGCCCCUUCCCAAAUGGCGCUCUUGGCAGCUUCCUUUGUAAGUUUGUCUACACUAACAACAUCACCAUGGUAACACUGCUGGUGACUACAUUAACGCUGACACUUGUGGCUGUAGAGAGGUACCACGCUUUGGUGAAACCGCUGAUCACAUCAAGGAGGGUCAACACCGACAACAUCGCCUACAUUAUAGUCGGCAUUUGGGCAGUUGCCAUAGCAAUGGUCUUGCCGCUGUUUGUAUCUGUCGAUCAUCGCCCCAACUCUAACAGUUUUUGCUCUCCAGGUGACAAAAUGGAUGAGAUGAAGGUAUACGUGUAUUGUCUUAUGGCUCUCCUCACAUUAAUCCCCUUCCUUGCUAUCGCGUUCUGCUAUUUCCGAAUUAUCUCCGGCUUGUAUUUUGAAAACACGAUUUGCAGCAGAGGGCAAGGACCAAGCACGCCUCAAGAACUGGGAGAGAAAAAGAGACUUGUCGUACUUCUCAUGGUCUUAACGUCAGUAUUUUUCGUGGCGUUUGUGCCUUAUGGAGUGGCGCUUAUCCUGCAGUUUAGCGGAAUGGCAAACAGCAGCAAUGAAAAACGCGUUAUCUUUGGUCGCUUCAAGACCGCCGUGCAAUAUUUGACACUUCUCAAUUGUUCCACAAAUCCAUUUAUAUAUGCGAUCCCGAGUACCAACUACAGAUGCUGUUUUAGGACAGAAAAACAAAGCAAGUCUGAAAGCCUCGACCCUACAGCGAGGCAGCCAGAUGGACCGGCAUCGCAGGCACCUAAGGUGGUCGCAGGAAUAAUCAUUCUGCUUGGAUUGCUGAGUAACUCGUUUAUUGUUGCUGCGGUGAUAGGUUUCCGUCGUAUGAGGACGACAACCAAUUACCUUCUUGUCAACGUGGCCGCUGCAGAUAUCACCACCCUGUUGUUUACGACGAUGCAUCUUAUUCCAAUCAAGAGUCCUUUCCCAAAUGGUGCCCUUGGCAGUUUCCUUUGCAAGUUUAUAACAACCAACAAUAUCACUAUGGUAACGCUUCUUGUGUCCGCUAUGACGCUGACGGUGUUGGCUGCCGACAGAUACCAGGCGAUGGUAAAACCUUUUACAACUUCUUGGAGGAUCAAACUCGAAAAAGUCGGAUACGUCUUAGCUGUUAUCUGGCUGAUAGCCAUUGCCAUUGUCUCGCCUCUGUUUGUGUCUGUGGACCAGCGCCCGAGCUUAAACACCACUCUCUGCUCCCCUGGUGAUGACCAUGCGGUGAUGAAAGUGUACGUUUAUUGCCUGGUGACUCUCCUUACUUUGCUCCCUUUCCUUGGCAUCGCUUUCUGCUAUUCACGAAUUAUUUCCGGGUUGUGUUUUAGACAAACAAUUUGCAGCCGGGGUAACGAAGCGACGGCAGAAAAAAAGAGGCUUGUUAUAGUUCUCAUGGUGCUGACAGCCGUCUUUUUUAUCGCCUUUGUUCCUUAUGGAGUGGCGGUAGUAAUUCAGUUUAGCGGGAUAACCACCAGUGAUGUUGGAGAACUUCGUAUUUUUAGUCGGUUAAGGAUUGGAGUGCAAUAUCUGACACUUUUAAACUGUUCUCUAAAUCCGUUAAUUUAUUCUAUCCCAAGUACUAAUUACAGAUGUUGCUUUAAACGCAUGUUGAAGAAAAUGAACUGCCAAGACACAACAGAAGAGGUCGAUGCCAUUCAGCUGGAGAUAAGACGGGGUGUGGCUGACCAACGCUAG